AUGGACGCCGCGGGACUCGGCAUCGGGGUGGCGGCGCUGGUGACCCUGUUCAAGACAUGUUUAGAGAUGUACGACACGAUCGAGUGCGGCCGGCGCUACGGCUCCGACUUUGAGGUGCUGACCACGAGGGUUGGCAUCGAACGGGUGCGACUCCUGCUUUGGGGCGACGCCGUCGGGAUUCUAACGCUCGACCGCGGCGCAGGAGGACAGCCAGCCGCACUGCCGGUCGUCGAUCGGAGUCUGGGAGAUCCCCGCAAGUUCAGGGCAGUCUGCGAUAUCCUCAGCUGCAUGCGGCAGCUCUUCGAGGACGCCGGGUCUAUGACGCGGCGCUUUGGGCUGCGGAGCGCCCAGGGCAACCAAGUCGCCCCGGACAGCCUGCUUAACGCGCUCGUCACAACCUUCCGGAGGACGUACGCGAGGUUCCAGGAGGGGGCCGCGCCGGCACAGCGGGUGACGUCGAUAGCGGCGACGGUACGGUGGGCCGUCAUGGACAAGAAGCGGUUCCAGGGCUUCGUCGAGGAGCUGCGCGGUUUCAACGACAGUUUGUGCGACCUCUUCCCCGGGCUGGGCGAGAACGUGCGGCAGGCGAUGGCCGGCGAGAUCCAGUCGUCGAUGGACCUGGGGAACCUGCAAAUCGUCGAACAGGCCGUCGCCGACAUGGAGGCCAAUGAGGAGCUAGCCGAGGCCAUCAGCGUGAGGAUCACGGAACUGUCGCAGUACAGUUGCAGCCUGGCGGAGGAAGACGACCGGGAUGCCGAGACGACGGCUCACGAGACUAUCGAUACUGAGGAAGAUAGCACGGCGGCGGUGGCUGGCGGCGUCAACGUGAACCGCCUGGCCAAGCAGCUGGAGAAGCUCGAGGUCAUUCUACGCGCGGACCUCAAGGGGUCGCUGCAGUCCAGCAUCUGGCACGCGUUUGGCGGUAGAUACAACGCCACGCUCACGUGGGAAGGAAUGCCGGACGACAGAUACUUUGCUCAGCUAGACAAGGAGAUUGAAUUUCGGAGGCACUCGUAUCCUGCGUGGAGCACUCUCCUGCACACUGAGAAUCUCUUGUCCAUACGACAACUGAUGCUGCAAAUAGGUCUGAUGUAUGCGCCGGAAAAUACACGAGAUGGACAGGGGAGCUGGGCUGAUCACGACAGCGAGGCGGGCCGGAAGUUCGAGGGCAGAUACGCGGGCACUCGGACGGUGGAGGGCUACGCGGCCGACUUCAGCGCCUGGGCACGCGAGAACGAGCAUCACGACGGCCGGCAUGUCUGGAGCAUUGAUAGAGAUCUCCCGGAGCACAAAACCAGCUUCCUCGUCGAGCGGCUGCGCUUGCUGCAGGUCCGACGCUCGCUGGCCCGGACCGAGGAGCAGGUUAAGAAGAACAUCGAGGAGCUCAUCGGCCCCAGCAGCUUCACGCCGGCUCGCGGCGAGGCGGGGAGCGGAUGGGGCACCAAGACGUUUCGCAUCUCGGAUCUACUAUCGACGCUGAACCGGACCGAUAUGUUCGACGACGUCCGCGACAACGUAUCCCUGGUCGCCGUGGCCCUUCGUCCCCGAGGCCCGCAGGGCAGCUUUGGGUUCGCCAACUUCCUCUUCCAGAUGGUGCUCGCCUACGAGCUCAAGCUGCUCCUCGAACGGGAGCGGGAUACCGUGUUCGGCAACUACGGUCCAGGCAUCAUCGCCACGGUAACGGCGGCAGAGCGCUGGAUCGACGGCGUCCUCGUCAAGGUCACGGACCCCAAGAAGGAAAAGAUCGAGAUGUUCAGCCUGGUGCAUGAGCGUCAGGUCGAGGGCCUCGUCCGCUUCGCCGAGCUGAUGGCGUGGCCGCUCCUGGGCGAGAUGAGGAGCUACAUCGAGGACGCGUACGCGCAUAUACGUGCUGGCGUCCGCACCAGCUUUCACCUAUGGGACUGGCUGUUCGGGACGAUGCUCCCCGGGAACGCCUUCGUCUUCACCAUCAUGAGCGCCCUCGUGGCGGCUUCGCCGAGCAUUGCGGGUCUUGGGCCCCCAAGGUACUUCGCCUCUGGUCUCGUGCUGAAUGAUCGGUCGUACUGGAGGGCCAAGUUUGUACUGGGCCGUGUGCUCGGCGGGUUGAGAGGUGUGAAGGCGGCGAACGGCUGGGUCGGGCCAUGCCCGCUGCCUGUGAUUGGCGCCGCGGCGGGCGAGACCAUCAUCACCAAGGGCUGGUGGCGAGUCCAGGCAAGGGACGUCGCGUUCAAGAUCCCCCAACGUCUGCCAUCCCAUGCCGACGCAGACGAGGGCGCCUCCUUCUCCAACCUGGGCCGCGUUGCCGGUGGGACGUCCAAGGCGGACUGGGUCCGGACAAUCGGCGAUCAGUCAAAGUGGGUGAUUCCCGUCGGGCCCAGCGGCGCACCGGACGUGGUCGAGUUCCGGGCACUUCGACUCCAGUCUCUGCGUAGGGCCGUGGACCCGGGCGUCGAUUCGGGCAGCGGGGAUAGUGUGGACGGGAUAUUCAACCCGGGUGAAGUGGGGCCGCCGGGUGCGUCUGAGGAGACUGUGACGGGAACGGAGACUGCGGAGUCGGCAGUGGAGCCGUUGCAGCGGGCGUCGAUAGAGCUGACGGUCAAUGGCGCAGCCGUGAGCUUCACCAUCUAUAACACGCCCGUCUUCGUCGCGGCGCCGCGCUGCAUCGACGGGCCGCACGCCGUGCACGAGCGUGACCUGCCGAAGCUGCAGCACAUCCGGCGUAUCGGCCAGCUCGCGGGGUACAUCCACAGCGACGACGAACGGGUGCUCGUCAUCGACGCCACAGGACAGGGCGAAGGCGAGUUGGCGGCGCGGGCGUGGUGUGCUGAGUACGGCCAGCACGCCGUGGUGCGGAGGGCGCCGAGUACGUGUUUCGCCUGCGCCGUGAUGGCGGCGAGCCACCAGGGGCUUGGUCUCGGAUGCUUGAUCUGGGCUUGA